GUACAACACGAGUACCUAGGUAUCGAUAAGGAUGUCUUGGGUUACACCUUGCUUGCCCCUCUGUGCAGGACGAUGACGGAAGGCUUGGAAUUUUGAAUUAUUAACGUAAAUGUUUCCUUUCAUUCCUUCGAUUUAUUUAUUUAAACCCCACCAUCAACACACACCUCUCUCUUCGCAGCCAUGCCUCCUAAGAACAAAGGUGGAGGCACACGAGCCAAAGCUUCCGAAUCAGCAAAACAAGAACCUCCGAAACAACCCCAGACCAUCCGAGAGCGAGAGUGGCAGUGGUACUACGACACCAACCCAUACCAAAAAGCAUACGAGGAGCUCGGGCUCCGGGGAAUGACCCCAGCGGAUCGACAAUCUUAUCUUAACCAACCGUACCUAAAACCAGGCGCCGCUAAGACAUUGUCGAACAAAGCGCAAAAGGACCUCUGGAAACAGCUUAACGAAGCGAACAUCCCCUUGCGCAGUUUACCUCGGCCGCGCGACGACCAGUGGGGUAAAGAUAAAAACGGCCGCGAUAUUGGCGAUUACACGAUUGAUGAGUUUAAAACGUACGACGAGAAGAGAGAGCGGUUUUUAAGACUGCAGCUUGCGAGUUAUAGGUUUAGGGAUAUACGGGCGAAGGUUGAGAGGGGAGACGCGGUGCUUGACGGCGAGACUGUGAAGAACGUUUUUGCGUGCACGGACGAAGACGUCGAGGCUGAGAGGGAAAGGAGGAAAGAGAUGGCGGUGUUGAAUCAGGAUUUGUACGGCGUCAAGACGGAUCCGUAUGCCUUGGAUCCGGACUGGGAUGAUGUCGUGCCGAUACCUCAGACGGAUCCUGAGGGUGCGCUUGCGGCUAUUGCGUACCCGGAUGAAUAUGCCGAGGCGAUGGCCUACCUCCGUGCUGUCAUGGCAGUUAAAGAGUAUUCUCCACGAUGUCUCCAGUUAACCGAACGAAUCAUAGCGAUAAAUCCAGCGCAUUAUACCGUCUGGCUAUACCGAUUAUCGAUCAUCGAGGCAUUGAACAUAUCUAUACCGGACGAAAUCGCGUGGCUGAAUGGUAUUGCGCUCACCUAUAUCAAGAACUACCAGAUCUGGAACCAUCGACAACAAUUAAUAGAACACUACUACCCCGCAAUCGUCACCUCGCCGUCAGAUGUAGCCGCCUUAGGUGAAAGUGAACGGAAAUUCCUAGAAAGGAUGCUAAGAUUGGACACAAAGAACUAUCACGUCUGGAGUUACCGGCAAUACAUAGUGCGCAAGUUGGGCAUGUGGGGUGACGCCGAGCGCCAUAGCAUAGAGACUCUGAUACUCGAAGAUGUGCGCAAUAACUCCGCUUGGUCCCACCGCUUCUUCAUCGUCUUCUCGGACCCGGCGUAUGCGACACCCAGCUCUCACGCCACGGAACACGAUCCCAAAAUCCCGGCCGAUAUCGUGGAUCGCGAGGUCGACUACGCGGAGCAGAAGAUCCUUUUCGCGCCGCAAAACCAGAGUCCUUGGAAUUACCUCAAGGGUGUGCUAGUGAAAGGUGGGAGGAAAUUAGGGACUGUUCGAGAGUUUAGUGAGCAAUUCGUUAAGAAUCUCGGGACCGAAGAGGUGGAACAAGUCCGUAGUUCACAUGCUCUGGAUCUGUUGGCGGAUAUUUACAAGGAGGCUGGCGAGAAGGAUAAGGCGGACUUGGUAUUGAGAAGAUUAGGUGAGAAGUGGGAUCGUAUUCGUCGUGGAUACUGGGAAUAUCGUAGGAAAUUGCUGGAUGAGAGCUAGCCGUGGAGUCGUGGUAAGGUCUUGUAUUUGGGACUGCGCAUAUUAGGACAGGAAAUUCGCUGUUUGGGUGAACCUAAUGGGUGGCUACGCAUCAUGGUACUUUAUGGAUGAGGCUCAGUGCAGGAUAUGCAGAUAUUAAAUCUAAGGGCCCUAUU